AUGCCUAAGCCAGUCACCAAGUCUUCUGCUCCCACCAAGGACCAAAUCCUGGUGCCGGAAACUCUCUUGAAGAAGAGAAAGGCUCAGGAGAAGGCUCGUGAGCAGCGCAAUGCUGCGAUCGAGAAGAGAAAGACGGCCAACAAGGACAAGCGCAAGGCUAUCUUCAAGCGUGCCGAGACAUACGUCAAGGAAUACCGCGAUGAGGAACGUGAGAAGAUCAGACUCGCUCGCGUAGCACGCCAGAGCGGCAACCUCUACGUCGAUGAGCAGCCCAAGCUUGCCUUCGUUAUUCGCAUUAAGGGUAUCAACAAGAUCGCACCCAAGCCGCGCAAGAUCCUCCAACUCCUCCGUCUCCUCCAGAUCAACAACGGCGUCUUCAUCAAGCUUACCAAGGCCACCCAAGAGAUGUUGACCAUUGUCAACCCAUACAUUGCCUAUGGCUACCCCAAUCUCAAGUCCGUCCGUGAGCUCAUCUACAAGCGUGGAUACGGCAAAAUCGACAAGCAGCGUAUUGCUCUGUCCGACAAUCAGCUGAUCGAGGACAACCUUGGCAAGUACGGCAUUGUCUGCAUGGAAGACUUGAUCCACGAGGUCUUCACUGUUGGUCCCAACUUCAAGCAAGCCAGCAACUUCCUCUGGCCCUUCAAGCUGUCCAACCCUACUGGUGGUUUCCGUGCACGCAAGUUCAGACAUUUCAUCGAGGGCGGCGACUUGGGUAACCGGGAGGAGAACAUCAACUCUCUCAUCAGACAGAUGAACUAG